AUGUUGCCUGUUUGGUACUAUAUCAUCGGGUACAUUUUUCUAAAAGAACAUGGUUACAGUAUCAAGACAGCACAAAAAUUAACGGAAGCUGAAAAGUCUCAUCCAGUCAAACAGCUGCUUGAUGAACCAGAGAUAAUCACUACAAUCAACACAAAGUAUAGAACAAACCUAAACAAAGUUGCCUGUCUGAAUGAUGAAGAAAUCUGGACUAGAGAAAAUGAGAACACAAUGAAGCUGUUUAACAUCUGUGAGGGUUCACUACUUAAGUCAAUCACAACCAAAUCAGGAAAUCUACCAACAGUCAUAGCAGUAACAAAAGAUGGCCAUCUUAUUCAUGCUGAUCAUAAACAGAAAUCUGUUAACAUUGUGAAGAAUGAAGAGAUCGAGACACUGAUAAGACUAAAGAAAUGGAGGCCUCGCAAUCUCUGCAUGACCUCCUCUGGUGACCUCCUGGUUGUCAUGCACCGUGAUGAUUACAAACAAUCAAAGAUCGUCCGCUACUAUGGCUCCACAGAGAAACAAACGAUUCAAUUAAAUGAUGAUGGUAAACCUAACUAUUCAUCUGAAGACCCGAAAUAUAUAAGUGAGAAUAAGAACCUGGAUAUCUGUGUGGCAGACUAUGCUCUUAAGCGCUUCAAGGUCAAGGAAAACGAGAAGCAUUCCUAUGGCACUUUAGGAGGAUUUGUCAAAGACACUAGAUCUUCUGAAAGCUGUCAUGAAGCAUACGCUUUGACAUGUAACCAUUUAUAUCCCACAACGAAUACUGCAGCUUAUGCAACCAUAGAUGGAGACGAAAGAGAAGUAGGAAAAUGUAUUUUUACCACCCGGGAAAAUUCUUGUGAUUUUGCAGUUGUUGAGAUCAAUAAAGACAUUGUUGAUAAAUACGAUUUUAAAUUUAGACGAGAUGACGAAAAGAAAUGUAACGCAAAAGUUUCGGAAUAUUUUCCAAUAAAUGUUGGUAUCGUACAUAAAAACGGUUCAGAAACGAAGUGGACGCGUGGUCGUAUUGUCAGUUCUGCAUUUCAUGAUGCUGUUAAUAAUAAGGAAGUUUUCGUAGUCAAAGGCUUAGACCGGCGUCCAUUCUCUACUCUUGGUGACAGUGGAUCGAUAGUCUUCGCAAGAGACAAUUCAGUGGCACAAGACACAGUUGAUGUUUUGGGAAUGGUCUAUUCCAAUAACCCUGACAUCCGUGACAAUACAGGCCACUCGGAAUAUGAGGAAGAAAAGGCAAAGGAACCUUCGGGACAUUCGGAGGGAAAUCUUAAAAGUGGGAUUGACCAAAGUAAUUGUGCUGGUGAGAGCAAAUUGAAAGACGCUGACAAGUCUGAAAGUGACCAAUCACUAGCAAGUGGUACGAACCCACAAAUCAAAUCAAAAUCAAGGAAAAAUCCGGAAAAUUACAGUUUUUGUUUUCGAAUGAACAAUGCCAUUGAGCUUUUGGAAAAGGAAAAAAACUUACUUGUUAGUUUCGAAAGAGUUGAAAAUUCAUCAGCUGAUAUUUAA